AUGUCGGACUCGGAGCUGUCCCGGAGCACGGUGGUGUUCGGGCUCCGCUUGUGGGUGCUCCUCGCCAUCGCCGUCGGCGCCGCCUCCGUGCUGCUCCUUGUCCUCCUCUCCGUCCUCUGCUUCCUCGGUUCACGGCGGCGCCGGCCAACCACCCCCGCCCACCACCUCCCCACGUCCGCGCCUCCGAGCAAGGAUGCCAGGAAGGUCAACGCGCCCGAGGGCAUCCAAGAAGCCCCCUCCCACGCCGCCGCCGCCGCCGCGAAGAUGCCGCUGGCGCGGGUGCUCCAGUCCCCCAUAACGCCGCCGCCGUCGGUCAAGGAGCAGCGCAUGACGUACCCGGAGCAGCCCCCGCAGCACAGCCACCGGAGCAGCGGGAUGCCGUCGUCGCAGGGCAGCACCUGCGAGAGCGGGGAAGGCGCGGCCCCGGCGCACCACGCGCCCAAGGCGGCGCCGGAGGUGUCCCGCCUCGGGUGGGGCCACUGGUACACGCUCGAGGAGCUGGAGGCGGCGACGGAGAUGUUCGCCGACGAGAACGUGAUCGGCGAGGGCGGGUACGGGAUCGUGUACCACGGCGUGCUCGAGGACGGCACGCAGGUCGGCGUCAAGAACUUGCUUAACAACAGGGGGCAGGCGGAGAAAGAAUUCAAGGUUGAGGUCGAAGCAAUUGGCCGUGUUCGGCACAAAAACCUUGUGCGCCUUCUAGGAUAUUGUGCCAAGGGGAAUCAGAGGAUGCUUGUGUACGAGUAUGUUGAUAACGGCAACUUGGAACAAUGGCUCCAUGGGGAUGUUGGACCUGUAAGCCCCCUUACAUGGGAAGAUAGGAUGAAGAUCAUACUAGGGACAGCAAAAGGGUUAAUGUAUUUGCAUGAGGGGCUUGAGCCGAAGGUGGUUCACCGGGACGUCAAGGCAAGCAACAUCCUUCUUGAUAAGCACUGGAAUGCUAAGCUCUCAGAUUUCGGACUUGCGAAACUCUUAGGCCCAGAGCGAAGUUACGUAACUACACGAGUUAUGGGAACUUUCGGGUACGUUGCUCCAGAGUAUGCGGGGACUGGGAUGUUAAAUGAAACAAGCGAUGUAUAUAGUUUUGGGAUCCUUGUCAUGGAAAUAAUAUCUGGUAGAGUACCAGUGGAUUAUAACAGGCCACCUGGAGAGGCAAAUUUAGUUGAUUGGCUAAAGACAAUGGUGAGCACCCGAAACUCUGAGGGGGUUGUGGAUCCAAAGAUGCCCCAGAAGCCUGCCUCUAGAGCAGUGAAGAAAGCUUUGCUCGUGGCGUUGCGAUGUGUGGACCCUGAUGCUUCCAAGAGGCCAAAGAUUGGGCAGAUCAUUCACAUGCUUGAAGUUGAGGAUUUCCCCUACAACAGAGAUGAACGUCGAGGCGGUAGAGCUCCAACGAAGGCAAGGUUGCCCGGGAAACCGACUAACGGAAUAGAUGAUGGCGAAAUUGAUAACAUUGGGGACCAUGACCAACCUUUCAGAUGGAAAAAUACAAUGGCCUAG